AUGAAGCUUGCAUCCACCUUUGUUGCGGCUGCCGUAUGGGCCUCCGUGUCUGUGGCCGCACCGUCGGUUUCACCGCUGAGCACCCGCGAUCUAGCCGCAGACGAGGUCACCGUUCUGUCUCUGAUUUCCAACAUCACGGCACAGUUCUCCCGUCAGGUUGCGGCCAAGAAACCUGGCUGUGGCUGCACGGCCGACAAGGUCGCCUACCGCCGUGAAUAUGGCAAGUUCACUAGGCAAGAAAAACUCGACUACAUCAGCGCCGUCAAGUGUCUCCAAGGGCUGCCGCCGCGGACGCCAGCCAACGUCUCUGCGGGUGCCAAAUCUCGUUUUGACGACUUUGUUGCCGUUCAUAUCCAGCAGACUCUGACUAUCCACUACACGGGCAACUUCAUGCCCUGGCACCGGUGGUUUGUGCACACGUAUGAAACUGCACUACGCGACGAGUGCGGCUACACUGGAUACCAGCCUUACUGGGACUGGCCUCUCUAUGCUUCGGCACCCGAGGACUCUCCCAUCUUCGACGGUAGCGACACCAGCAUUGGUGGCAACGGAGACUACAUUGUGCAUGAUGGCCCCGUUAUCACGCCUCCUUCUGGUGUUAGCGGCGGUGACAUUCAGCUUCCUGCUGGUACUGGCGGCAGCUAUGUGACCACUGGUGCUUUUGCAAACAUGACCGUGAACCUCGGCCCUGUUGGUGGUCUCCUUGGUGUGGCUUCUGGUCCGGAUGGCGGACUUGGCUACAACCCUCGCAGGCUCAAGCGUGACCUUGGUGGUGCUAUGAACACCAGAUACGCCAACUACACCACCGUGCUCAACCUUCUUACCUCUCCUGACAUCUCGGCGUAUCGUCAUAUUUCUGAGGGCAUCCCUUACACCGUUGAGAUUGGUCCUCACGGCGGCAUCCACUACACCAUCGGUGGCGACCCAGGUGGUGAUCUCUUCACGUCCCCUGGUGACCCUGCCUUCUGGUUCCACCACAGUAUGAUGGACCGUGUGUGGUCGCUCUGGCAAACGAUCGACCCCGCUCACAAGUCCGACCUCAACGCGACCAACUAUGGACACAUUACAUGGGCCAAUGACCCUGAGUCUCGCUAUACUAGCCUUGACGAUGUCAUUGAUCUGGGAUACGCUGGGCCGAACAUCACGAUCCGGGAGGUUAUGGAUACAACUGCAGGUCCUUUAUGCUAUUUCUACGAAUAG